UUGAUCUUCCGUCCACAGAAACAACACCGCGCGUCUUGCAAGGAACUCAGGUUACUCUGAGUGAGAACAGGAUGAAUUGCCCUUCCAAAAAUUACGACCCGGACACCAUGUUAUGCUCCCCUGGAGGCAAGACAAACACUUGCAGGGGUGACAGUGGUGGGCCUUUGGUUGCCAACUUCGACGGUGUGUACCAGGUGUUUGGCGUGACUUCGUUUGGAGCUCCGAACUGUACAGCGCCUGCAUGGGGCUACUUCACCAAAGUGCAAGCCUACUUGAACUGGAUUCGUUCCACCAUCCGCAUCAACAGCGGAAACGAAGAAGAAAAAUUCCUGCCGUCCCGUCCCAAUGACCCAUGGAUCAUGUAAUACCAGACCACAGGAAUGAGAAACAGACAUUUGUCUUAUACGAUAUACGCAGAUU